CGAACAAUAGGUUUCUUGUCGCCCAACUAGUCAAAGGUGUGUCGGAAUUGCCCCAAGUGAUCAUUUCCCCCUCUAGACACGUUGGGCAUAACCUUGUCAGCCUCAACCCUCCCUCAACUUGCUAGUGGCCACCUUUAUUACGAUCAUUAGCCCACGUCGGCUGCACCUGCAGGAGCAGUAAGUACCUCAUCCUACAGCUCUUCCCGACCCCGCCCCGCAUUCGUGUCUGGACAGAUCACCGAGGUAUUUCAAAGUAAGCAGAGCAAACAUUGCACGUAGAACUCAAAUAAAAUACGACAAGCUGCAUGUCGAAAUCUUCUGGGGAACUGUAUGUUCAAACCACCAGCCGUCCCCUGCAGACAACCGCCUGCGUGUCCAUCUCUAAACUUCCCAUAUUGCAUAUCAACAUCACAGCUGCUGCGCUGUCCCGCCGUGCUGGUUUGCGGAUUGAGACACCGCCGCCAUGGAUGCAUCCGAGCGGCUGCGGACGGCCUCGUGGCGUUAUUGGGCCAUGUCAACAAUAUUUUACGUUGUAACGGGCAUAGCGGUCACGGUCAUCAUAUCAGAGCCAACUCGGUCCCUGCCAUCAGCUCAACUUGGGGUGUGCAUAGUGUUGUUUGCAGCGUUGGGCUUCUAUAUCAGCGGGUACAAGAAAGAGCUGCGCAACUGCGAGAGGAUGGUGGCCCUGGGCUGUGAGCCUAUUCGCACGUGGCCGAAUGAUCCCUUCGGCAUCCGCUACCUGCUGGAUACGGCGAAACACGUCAAGGCCAACACACUCCUGCAGCAGCGUGUGCAGCUUUUCAAGGACAUGGGCCACACGUUCAGCCAUCGACUGUUUCCCGAGACGGAUAUCACCAUCACCACCGAUGAGCCCGAGAACGUGAAGGCCAUUCUCAGCACAAAAUUUGACGACUGGGCCAUUCCUCCAGGGCGUAUCCAAGGCUUCCUACCGGUGCUAGGCCGUCACUCGAUAUUCAACGUUAACGGUCCCGAGUGGCAGCAUUCCCGGGCCAUGCUUCGCCCCGCGUUCAUCAGGAACCAGAUAUCAGACUUGGAAUGCAUUGACCGCCACAUUUCUAAAUUAAUUGCGCACAUCCCAAAGGACGGCAGUCGUUUCGACCUUCAAGCGAUGUUCGCUAUGCUGGCUAUCGAUACUAUUUCUGACUUCAUGUUCGGUCAGUCUACCGAUAUUCUCGGUAGUGCACCAGAUACCUCCCUCAAGUUCGGUACCUAUUUCGAUCGAUCGAUUGAGAAAAUCGCGUAUCGUUCACGCCUCGGUUGGAUGACACAACUUCUACCCGAUGCGGAGUUAAAGGAGUACACGCAUUUCAUGACAAGUUACAUCGCCAAGUAUAUCGCUGAGGUCAAAUCCAAGGGCAGCAAGAGUGCUUUGGCCGACGAUAAGAACAAGUACGUCUUCCUAGAAGAGCUCAUCAAAUCUGGAGAGCCGGACAACGUGAUCCGGGACCAGAUUCUCAGUAUAUUUGUCGCGGGACGUGAUACAACAACCAGCGUCCUUACAUAUCUUUUCUUCGAGCUUUCGCGACAUCCAGAGGCCGUCGGUAAAAUCCAAGAGGAAAUCCAAGAUCUGGGCGUAGCUGAUCCUUCAUGGGAGCAGCUGAGGAACAUGAAAUACCUCAACUUGGCGGUCAAGGAGGCGCUCCGUCUCAACCCGCCGGUAGCGACCAACGCUCGCGAGGCUGUUCGAGACACGGUUCUCCCCACAGGAGGUGGCCCUGACGGUAAAUCGCCCGUUUUUGCCCCCAAGGGUACUAAAUGCCGGUACCAACCCUGGACUAUGCAGCGACGCGAGGAUAUCUACGGUAGCGAUGCCGCCGAGUUUCGACCGGAGAGAUGGGAAGACCUACGGGUCACUCAUGAAUAUGUUCCGUUCAAUGCAGGCCCACGUAUUUGCAUUGGGCAGCAGUUUGCAUUGACGCAGUUAGCUCUCGUCACAUUCCGCCUUUUGCAGUCUUUCAGGACAAUCGAGAGAAAGGAUGACAGGCCGCCUUUGCAGAAACUCGGUGUUAACACAUCGAUGUUGCAUGGCUGCUGGGUGAUCAUGAUUCCGGUAUAGUGGCGAGGAAGUAAAACGCUUUUGGAAUCUCGAGAGUCCCACCUAUGUAUGGGGCGGCAACCUUUUCAUCCGCAUCGUGAUGAUAUGACAGGCGACCAAGUACUACGUUUCCUGCGAUGCUAUGGCGGUGAAGCCUCGUGGGUGAAUAAUUUUGGUUGUUCCGAAGUGAUGUUUUCUAGGUUAGUGUUGACGAGGCUCAAUGGUCAGCCAAAAGCUGCCAGGAUCACUGUAUGCAUCGUUAUUUAUCACCUUGGCCCGUUUUGCCAAUACUAGUCCUUUUUCCCAACCCAGACUAGUUCGUGUUGGGGAUGCCCAGCUAAAAGUUCUUCCACUCAAGACCUACUUGAAUAGUCUC